AUGUUCGAAGCUCGGCUUUUACACGGUUCAAUCUUUGCUAAAGUUAUUGAAGGUCUCCGGGAACUAGUCAAUGAAGCCACGUGGGAAUGCAGUGGUAAUGGUAUAACUCUACAAGCCAUGGAUAGUUCUCACGUGGCAUUAGUUUCACUCGUAAUGCGAAGUGAAGGUUUUGAAUCAUAUCGAUGCGAUCGAAAUAUGAGUCUUGGUAUCAGUCUUGUCAGUAUGUCAAAAGUAUUGAAAACGAUGGGUAAAGAUGAUUCGUUAACCAUCCGUGUGAACGAUGACUCGGAUUCGAUUAUUAUUGCAAUGGAAUCACAAAAUCAAGAUAAAUUCGCCGAUUAUGAGUUACGUUUGAUGGAUUUGGAUAGUGAACAUUUAGGCAUUCCAGAUACAGACUAUUCAUGCGCAAUUAAGAUGCCCAGCAGUGAAUUUUCUCGUAUCUGUCGAGAUAUGAGCAUUAUGGGCGACUCAGUUCUUAUAUGCACAACGAAAGAAGGUGUGAAAUUCUCUGCCAAAGGUGAUCUUGGUCAAGGAAGUAUUCGUCUUGUUCAAACGACCAACAUUGAAAAGGAAGAAGAAGCAGUUAUUAUUGAAAUGAAAGAAGCAGUUGCAUUAACAUUUGCUGUACGAUACUUGAGCAUGUUUUGUAAAGCUGCACCACUUUCACCCCAAGUUGGUUUGAGUCUUUCCGAAGAUACGCCAUUAAUGUGCGAAUUCAAAAUCGCCGAAAUGGGUCAUGUUCGCUUCUAUUUGGCUCCAAAGAUCGAAGAUGCUGAAAACUAA